GUAUGAUUUCAUCACCUACCCACUCAACGUCAUGUAUAUAUAUAUAUAUAUAUCAAGAAUUCAUCAUCACAACUCAUAUUAACAGAAAUGGAGAUGGAAAUGGAAAUGGAAAUGAUUUCAAGAGAGUUCAUCAAACCGUCUUCCCCAACUCCCCCUUCCCAAAAAAUCUACAAGCUUUCUUUACUCGAUCAAAUCGUCCCACCCAUUUACGUCCCUCUAGUCUUAUAUUAUCCAAAUUCAGACAAGAACCACCAUGAAGAUUCCAUCUCCCAAAUCCUCAAGGAAUCACUCUCCUCCACCCUGUCCCAUUUCUAUCCAUUAGCAGGAAGAAUCAGAGACACCUUAUCCAUAGACUGCAACGAUGAAGGAGUCCUCUUCCUGGUUUCCAGGUCUAACUCCACCCUCUCCGACAUCCUCCGAAAACCCGACCCCAAAGCCUGUCGGACCCACAUCCCCAGCGACCUCACCUGGGAUGAGCCCGGCCCGGGCGACAAACUUGCCAUGGUCAAGCUCACUUUCUUCCGUUGCGGCAGCUUCGCCGUCGGCUCGCUUUUCCUCCACAAGAUCGCCGACGGCGUCACCGUCGCCACGUUCAUGAAAGCCUGGGCUUCCAGGUCCCGGACUCCGACGGAAAUGAUGCUUCCGGACUACAAAGCCCGGUCUUUCUUCCCGCACAACGAAGCCAUGCAGAGGGAAAAACAUCUCUUCUCCGCCAUGAGAGGAUACUUCAAAUCCGGCAAGACUGUAAUGAGACGCUACGUGUUCGAAUCCCCCGGAAUAUCGAGGCUGCGAGCCGAGCUCUCCGACGGCCUCGAUCGGCCGCCGACACGUGUCGAAAUCGUGUCGGCCCUGAUCUGGAAGUGGUUCAUGAUCGCGGCGGACAAAGCCAGGCCUGGAAAUGGUAGUCCCGGACCUGGAGUGUCCCUGGUGACUCAUGGAGUGAACAUGAGACGAAAGGCGGAGCCCCGAUACCCCGACGGCAGCUUCGGCAACUUUCUGUGGCUGGUGACGGCGUCGAGCGGCGGCGACGAGGCCGGGCAGGGGCUGAAGGGCCUGUUCGGGAAAGUCCGGGACGCCAUUGGCACGGUGGACCCGGAGUUCGUGAAGAGAAUGGAGGAUGGUAAUGGAGAAGGGUUCUUAGGGUAUUGUAAGAAUGUUGAGGAUGCCUGGAAAGGAUUCCCUGAGGGGGCCGACUACUUGGCCAUUACCAGCUGGUGCAAUUUCGGGCUUUACGGUAUUGACUUUGGGUUCGGGCGGCCCGCCUGGAUUACGAAAUGCGACGGCGGGAGUGAGGUGGAGUGGCCGUUUAUUAAUGUGCUGUGGCUGAUGGACACUCCAGAGGGGGAUGGAAUCGAGGCUUGGCUCACUCUUGAUCAAUCUUACUUUGCUCAUUUUGAUCAAAUCCAGGAGAUUCGUGAUUUUGCUUCCGUUGAUCCGCCUGCAAAUUGACCACGUUAUUAAUAUAGUAAGAAUUUGUGGCCUGGAAAGAUUUAUUACAGUUGGAAGUGUGUCCUAAAGUUUGAGAAUUAUUGUUUUUGAUUAAUGUCAUGAGUUAAUGGAGAAAUACUAUUAUUGAUGCUUUUGUAAGAUUGAUUGUGAAAAUCACCUACAAAAUGGUUUUCUUGCUUCGGUA